AACAGUUCAACGUGGAGCACAGUGUUAAGAUGGAAUUCCAUGCUGUUAUCUGCUGUGGUAAGGGAACAGGACUGUCUCCGUUCUCCACUGUGAGAGAAUCCGGUAUUCCCAAGGCUCUGUUACCCAUUGGGAACAAGCCAAUGAUUGAAUAUGUCUUGGAAUGGUGCGACCAAGCUCCGUUUAGGGCCAUCACUGUGGUUUCCGAUUCUGAGAGUAAUGCUGCUAUCGAGGAGCUCCUGGAGAAGUAUCGCUCCAAGAGAUCGAAAGAGGCUCUUGUCUGUCCUAUUGGGACUGUGAAGUUUGACGGUGACGCAACGGGCGAGAUCCUGGAGGAGUUUAUUCAAGAUAUAGAGAACGCUGGUGAUUUCGUGCUGCUGCCGUGUGAUUUCAUCACCGAUCUACCACCGCAGGUGCUUAUCGAAGAAUAUAGAAACAGAGACGACGAAGACAUUGCAAUGAGUGUCCACUACCUCAAUAAAUUUGACAGCAUUGACAAGAAGAACUUGACUCAUUAUUAUACAGCUUAUUCCGAGGACCAACACCUUCUUGAUAUCUACUCCAAAGACAGUGUUGAGCAGUCGAAAUUCUUGGAGUUGAGAACUCAGAUGAUAUGGAGAUUCCCAAACUGUACAGUGUCUACAAAGCUAUUGGAUUCGUUCAUCUACUUCUUCUCACAAGCUGCCAUUUCAAUCAUCAAGAAGUACAUUGGUGAGUAUAAGAAUCAGUCCAUUACAAAGAUGGUUCGAGACCUUGCACGUCGCUCAUGGAGACAUUCUGAUCAGCUGGGCGGUAUAUCGCUCUUUACGCUGCCAAAGCAGUGCAACUUCAUAAGGGCCGACAACAUUCCUGCAUAUAUUGAAUCCAAUCGUUACAUAAUGAAGUUGAAAGCUAAAGAACAACAGCAGCCUGCACAGGCCAAGGAAAAGGGCGCUGCUACUGUUGGUGCUGACUCCGUCGUUGGUGAAAACACCCAACUUGGUGAACGUACCAGCGUGAAGAAGACCGUUGUCGGUAAAAACUGUAUCAUUGGUAACAGAUGCCGUCUGACCGGAUGCGUAUUACUAGAUAACAUUACACUACAAGACGAUGUUGUACUUGAGAACUGUGUCAUUGGCCAAGGCGCGACAGUAAACUCCAAGGCAAGACUUACGAAUUGUAACAUCGAGGGUGGCUAUAUCGUCAACAAGGCGUUCCAGGCAAAGGGUGAGACAUUGACCAAUCUCUUCAUUGCUGGCCAAGAAAGUGAGACCGAUAGCGAUGACGACGACUCUGAAGAAUACGACAGUUACGAAGAUGACUUCGAUGACGAUUUCGAAGAUGAUGGGCUGUUUGAACGUUGAAUCAACGCCCAUUCUUUUUGAUUCAGGGGCGGGGUUGAAGCCGUCU